AUGAGAGAAUUACCGGCGGUGGCGACAACAUUGCUUCGCGAAAAACUAAAGAUGGAAGAAAAGAGUCGUGCAGAGUCGUCGCCUCUUCGACAUUGACCACAAGCGUCCGCUAAACCACCUCAUCCUUCCAUUUUGAUGAAAAUCAACGUAAAAAGGAACUAAAAAAUGAAGAAGCUUUGAAGUAGAUUCAAAAGAAAGUAGAAGUCCUCGUGGAUCUUGCUCUCCCAAUGUUCAAUAUUGAUAAAAUGCGAUUUCAACUGGUUGGAAUGACGUCGAUGAUGAUCACAGUAAAAUACGACGAAAUCUUCCCACCAAUCGAGUACCCGACAUUAUUUUGAUGGAUUGAUUCUUGAUUGGAAAGUUCGAAUUUGUCGUCGCUAAGCCCACACCAUCUUGGCUCGGAUCAUGCUUUGCAAAGAGAAUUAACCUUACAAAAAAAAUGCGGAAUGCUGUCAAACUCCUCGAACUGUCGCUGAUAGAUGAUCAUUUUCUACGUUACCGCCCAUCUGAUGCUGCUCAGAAUCACAGAAUCAACAAUUCGACCAAGUGGCUGCUAAUGAUGGAUCCAAGGAAUCGGGAAUCGAGACGAGGUUUACACUAA